AUGAGCACGGCUUCGGGUACAAGGGCUUCGCAGCAGCUGCAGCUGUCUCUGCAGCAAGGGGAGCAGCAGCAGCUGCAGCAGCGGGAGCAGCAGCAGCAGCAGCAGCUUGAUAGCUUUCUCCGCAGCAGACAGAACUGCAGCACGGCGUUGAGACAGCAGCUGUACCUAAGUGGGCAGCAGCAGCAGCAGCAGCAGCAGUUCUGCUGCUGCAGCGCUGUAGCACCUGCCUUGCUGCCUGUGGGGCCCGGAGUGUCCCUUUUUUUGCGAUAUCCUUUUCAGUUGUGGCAGCAGCAGCAGCAGCAGUUGCUGCUGAGGCCAAGGGCGCCUGCAGCAGCAGCAGCAGCAGCAGCAGCAGCAGCAGCAGAUGACAAGGAGCUGUGCUGCUUCCCCGAGUCCCCCACGCCGUGCCCCGCCGUUUCUCAGCCUGAUUCAUCGGCUUUGGCUUCAGCAGCAGCAGCAGCAGCAGCAGCAGCAGUAGCAGUAGCAGCAAUGCCAGCUGCGCUGCAGCAGCAGCAUGGGCAAGCAGCAGCAGCGGCUGCAGCACCAGCGGCCGCGCAGCAGCAGCUGCAGCUGCAGCUGAACCUGCAGCGGGAGCUGGGAGGCGUGCAGCAGCUGCAGCAGCUGCAGCAGCUGCAGCAGCUGCAGCAGCUGCAUCUGCAGCGCGAGAAAGACCUGAAGAAGCAGCAAGAGCAGCAGCAGCAGCACGGGCAGCAGCAGCAGCAGCAGCAGGAAGGGGACCGGUACAUACUGCACCUGGAACCUGGCGCUGGCAGCAAACUGCAGCAGCAGCUAGCCUCGCUAAGAGCUGCUGCUGCUGCUGCUUUUGGCUGCGAUGAUUCCUUUUGUUAUUUGCUGCACUGUUCUGUCUCGGGCUACUUCAGGUGUACAGACAUCGCAGCAGUGGAGGCUCACGUUGCUGCAGCAGUCAAGCAGCUGCAGCAGGAGCAGCAGCAGCAGCAGCACGGCCAGCAGCAGCAGCAGCAGCAGCAGCAGCAGCAGCAGGAAGGGGGGCCGCGGGGUGAGGGGACGCCGCGGGCCCUGGCCACCGAUGAUGGCCAUGUGCUGCUGCCGCUGCAGUGUCCUGUGCUGCUGCCGCUGGUGCAGCAGCUGCAGCAGCAGCUGCAGCAGCAGCAGCUUUGCUGCUUGCGCCUGAAGCAAAUGGACCACAUUACCUUAGCAGCAGCAAGAGAAGACCCCAAAGUGAGACGCACCAUACAGGACUUCUACAACAGAGGACUGAGCAAGGAAGAAGUGGGGGGGGGCCCCUGGGACUUGGUUUUGUACCGGCUGGUUCACUUCAGCAGCAGCUUUGCUGCUGGGGGGCCCCACAGAUUCUGUCAAGUGCAGCGGUACCCUGGAGCUGCUUCUGGAUUUGUUUCUUUUGUGUGA